AUGGAUUUGUUGGGUACGAGUAGAGCUUAUAUAAAGGAAAUGGUUUCCUUAGCGGGGCCACAAAUGAAAGUUAUCUUGAUGGAUAAAGAAACAACUAGCAUAGUGUCAUGUGCUUUUGCCCAAUCUGAAAUGAUGCAGAAAGAGGUUUAUCUGUUUGAGAGGAUUGAUUCACCUGUGCCUCGGGAGGCUAUUAAACAUCUGAAAUGCAUCGUCUUUCUAAGGCCUACAUCUGACAACAUUCAACUCUUGUCUGAAGAGUUGAGAUGCCCCAAAUAUGCACAAUAUUAUAUUUAUUUCUCAAAUAUUAUCAGCAAAACUGAUCUGAAACUCUUAGCUGAAGCUGAUGAGCAGGAAACUGUUCGAGAAGUUCAUGAGUAUUUCGUCGACAGCAUUUCUUUAUGUUCGCAUCUAUUCGUCCUCAACCAAAAAUCCGUCUAUGAUCAUACAUUCCGACUAACAACUCCUGCCUUUCUGCGAAUCAGACAAGCUCUUACUGCUUUGAUGCUUAGUUUGAAGAAGCGAGCAAUCAUAAGAUACCAACGCUCGUCAACUGAUUGCCAACGUCUAGCCGAAGAAGUUUCACAAGUUAUUCGUAGAGAAGAGGGUCUUUUUGAAAACACAAAGCAAGAUACUCUCCUACUAAUACUUGACCGCAGUGAAGAUCCUGUCUCCCCUCUUUUGAAUCAAUGGACAUAUGAAGCUAUGGUACAUGAGUUGAUAACUAUAUCAAAUAACAGAGUCUGCGUCGAAGGACAAAGUAUGGUUUUGAAUGAACUGCAUGAUGACUUCUAUGCUAAGAAUGUUGCUAUGAAUUUCGGAGAGAUCGGCCAAAACAUCAAACUUUUGAUGAACGAUUUCCAACAAAGGUCUCAGAUUCACAAGAACUUAGAAUCCAUCUCUGAUAUGAAGAAUUUCGUUGAAGAAUAUCCACAGUUCAAAAAGAUAUCAGGAACUGUGUCGAAGCAUGUUACUCUUGUUGGUGAGCUGAGUAAGAUAGUUAGUAAUCAGAAUUUGUUAGAAACAUCAGAGGUUGAGCAAUCGAUCGUUGCUGAAGGUGAUCACACGAGAUGUCUUGAACGAAUAAAAGAACUUUUGCGUCAUCCAAAAACAACACGAUUGAAUGCCUUGCGAUUAGUAUUGCUAUACACUCUUCGAUUUGAAACAUACAGCAACAACGAAUGUUCGAAUUUGGUGAAAAUGCUGAAAGACAAGGAUUCAUCCGCUGGGAACAUAGUGAGUGCAAUGAUAAGAUUUGCUGGGCAUUCCAAACGAUCCAAUGAUUUAUUUGGACAAGGAUCAACAAUGGAGAUGACGAAGAGAUUUAUAAAGGGCUUGAAGGGUGUUGAGAACAUAUAUACGCAACAUGAACCAUAUCUCAAGGAUGUCGUGGAAAAUUUAGUGCGGGGUCGACUUUCUGAUCAAGCAUAUCCUUAUGUGACUGGUGAAGUGGGAAGUUUCCGUCAGGAAAACGUCAUAAUUUUCAUUGUCGGUGGGGCUACGUUCGAAGAGUCAGUGUUUGUUAGAAGCAUGAACGAAAAACGAGCCCAAGGAAGUGGUGGACCUGCAAUUGUUCUUGGAAGUACUUUCAUUCAUAAUGCCGCCAGGUAA